CCGCGUCGGGCGGGCGGAGCGGCGCGACCAUGGCGUACCAGGGCUUCGCGCAGGAGUACCUGGGCAUGCCGGCCGUGACCCGCGCCUACACCACCGCCUGCGUGCUCACCACCGCCGCCGUGCAGCUGGAGUUCAUCACCCCCUUCCAGCUGUACUUCAACCCCGACCUCAUCUUCAGGAAGUUCCAGAUAUGGAGGCUGAUCACCAACUUCCUCUUUUUUGGGCCCCUGGGAUUCAGUUUCUUUUUCAACAUGAUAUUUCUGUACAGGUACUGCCGCAUGCUGGAAGAAGGCUCCUUCCGUGGAAGGACGGCUGACUUUGUCUUCAUGUUCCUCUUUGGAGGGUUUCUCAUGACACUCUUUGGGCUCUUUGCCAGCCUGUUUUUCCUGGGCCAGGCUUUCACCAUCAUGCUGGUGUACGUGUGGAGUCGCAGGAACCCUUACAUCCGCAUGAACUUCUUUGGGCUUCUUAACUUCCAAGCCCCCUUCCUGCCCUGGGUCCUGAUGGGAUUCUCUCUGCUCCUGGGCAACUCCAUCAUCAUUGAUCUGCUGGGGAUUGCAGUGGGUCAUAUCUAUUAUUUCUUGGAAGAUGUUUUCCCCAAUCAGCCUGGAGGAAAGAAGCUGCUGUUAACCCCAAGUUUUCUGAAGAUGGUUUUUGACACACCUGAAGAGGAUCCCAAUUACAACCCUCUCCCUGAGGAUCGUCCAGAACACCUGCCUAGAGACCAAGACCAACACGAGCAGCAGCAUCCACAGUAGCAUGGGGGACUUCUUCAUGUGGCCAGACUCCUCCCUCCUGGCUGGACUUUGGCUGUGGCCCAGAGAUCCUUCUGGAAUAACAGCAGUUGCCAUUCCGAUGUGUAGUGUGUCGCUGUUUGUGUGGGUAACCCAUCUUCCCCUUGUACAAAGUGGAUCCACAGAGCUUUGCACACAGGAACUCCUGAAUGCUUACAGAGGUGUUCUAGGGACAGGGCUGAAGCUGUGCUGGCUCCUCAGUUCCCUGGUGUGGAAUAACUAUCAAAUGGGGUGUUAAACCAGUUCUUCCUUCUGCUGUCAAUGACUUGCUGUGUGCCAGGUCACUCUUGCCCUCUGUACAAGGGUGCACCUGGCCCUCACUCUUGUGAGACCUCUUUGUGGGCUUUCAAUGAAGUAGUUCUGUACCAUGGUAGAAUGCAGCUCAGCCUCUUUCUUUCCUUUAUGUCCCCCACUCCUUUUCUGGUAGUUGUUUCCAAAGAGUCUUUACAUUAAAGUCUUUAUUUUUCA